AUGGCUACUGCGUUAUAUUCGGCACCCACUACAUUGAACAAUCCGCUAAUGUUUCCAAUGGGUUUUCAGACACAGACACCAAACAUGAACAUUGGACAAAUGCCAUACCAAUUUCAAAAUCAACAAUUAGGAAUUUCUUCCUUCUUAGGGUAUCCGGGGCAGCAGCAGCUGACUUAUCAACAAAUACCGGGGAUGCAACAACCGCCACCAUCACGGGGACAAUCGAUGCCAGCUCCUCUCAAUCGUUAUCCGUACCCCAAUGGUACUCAACGACAAUCGGGACCACGACCUCCUCAUCCCGCGAGUGGGCAAAUUGAAUUUUCUACACCGUUUGGAAAUCGGUCGUCCUAUAAACACGAUUCAAGAGGUCGACAACACCGGAGACGACGUAGUAUCUCACCAAAUACUGAAGGUUUAUAUUCUGAUCGGGAAAAUCAUCAACAGCAAAAACGACGUGCUCUAUCUGGUGAUCAACGUUUAACUCCCGAUCGAAGUAGAAGUCCAUCUCAAUCACAUGAAAAACAAGAGCAAAAAUCAGAUCGAAGUCCGACAAUUGACAAACAGGGGGAAAGACAGCAAGAAAGUGGUGAUAAAAAAGGAAAAUCGUCCAAAAGAAAAAGUAAAAAAGAACGUUAUGAUAAAUUCACUCGAGGUGCAGAUGAAUAUGGCGGUAGUCCGUGGACCAGAGCACCACAGCAACAAACUGAUGUUUAUGGAGAUAAUCAAAGUGAACUACCUCAUCAUAUGCGGGUUCAUAGACAGCCACUUUAUAAUGGUUACCAUCAAGCUUACGAAGAGUCUGUGAGACGUGGUGAUUUGUAUAGGAAACAAGCAAAACGUUAUAUGCGUUUAGCACCAGAAAUCAAGCAACAACUUUUGCCACAUGAAGAUGAUUUACAAAAAAAUGAAAUAUUAAAUCGAAAUCGUUUGCCAUUUUACAAUACUCAACAACCACCACAACAACCCUAUGAUCUAAGAGGCCAAUUUGGUCAACAGCAAUUUAGUCAGUUCAAUAAUAUGGGUGUCCAGCAACCGGGUGGCUUUUUUGGCGGUGGGCAACAAAUGCCACCCUUUUCCGCGCCUCAUGUACCAACUAAUGCUCAAUUUCCAAAUAUGCCAAUUCAAUCAAUGCCUCCAGGUCCAAUGGGACCCUCAGUGCCAGCAGCUGAGCGCGAAAUCCGUCGAUUACGGGAGCACAUUCAUACAUUAGAGGGAGAACUACAUAAAUUACAGAAAAAAUUACAUAAAGUAACAUUAGAGGAAUCAAAGGGCAUCAAAAGUGACCAUGAACGUGUACGUAACAAAAGUGGUGGAUCACAACAACCACAAUCGCAAUAUCGGGAGAAACGAAGAAGACGAUCACAAGAUACCAGAUCACCACGACAAACACCAGUUAUUGUUGAACUAAAUAGUGAAAAAGAACACAAACAUCGUCAAACAAGCAGCGGUACCAGUGGACGACAUCAAACACCGCCGAGAACAACUGGGGUUGGAGGUAUUGCAAACGAUGGUGGGUAUGCCGCGCGAUCGGAAACAACAAAUGAAACACCAACAUCAUCUGGUUUCGUUCAAUCACAUAGUCCAUUACGUCAAGCUGAUAGCGAAAGACGUUCGAAAUCGAGAGAACGAUCUAGAUCAGGUACUAAUCAACGAUCGGACUCCGAAAAUCGCCAGGCGAGAAAUUCAAAAAAAGAACGGGAAGAAACGGCAUCAAAAUUAGCACAUGCAGCUGCAGCAAGGGUUAAUGGACGAGGAAAUGGAAAUCAACAACCGGGACCACCCCCACCCCCUCCGCCUCCUCCUACUCAGCAACACGGUAAUUUUAGACCACAGCAACAAACGCAAGGAAGUCAAAAUCGUCCAGAUCAAAUGCCUCCUUAUGUGCAACAACCGUUUCAAAUAAAUCAUCGUUACCCAUCGACAAAUAUGGCCAGUGCUUUUUCGCAACACCAGCAACAGCCAUUCCAGUAUCCAAACCAAAAUUAUAAUCAAUCGAAUAAUAAUGAUCUAGUUUAUACUGAAGAUUCCGACGAACUUCAAACUGAUACGAUUAAACGGAGAACAACACGUGGAAGAGAUGCAACACAACAAAAAGAUAAAUCUGCCGAAAAAAUUCUAGAUGCAUUCGAAAGAUUUUAUGCAAAAAAUGGUAAAACAACCGUUCCAAUUAAAGUAAAAUAUAUUCCCGAGUCUCAAACCGUUAAUCCGCAACAAAAACGUAACAACAAUAGACAAUCCAAUACGAACAAACGACGAUCCUCCUCCUCGGCAACAUCAACGCCACCAUUAUCUAGUUUUGAUAAACACCGUAAUAAACAAAAUGGAGAAAGAACACAAAAUAAAGAGGUAUGA